AUGGUUGAACGGCUCCCUGAUGAGCCACCCGACUGGGGGCAUACAAAGCCUGAAGAUCAGAAAAAGCAUCAUGACUAUGCCAUGGCAGUGGUACAGGGAAUGAAACGCUGUAUUCGGAAAACCCCAAAUUGGGCCAAAUUGUAUAAUGUUAGACAGGAAAAGAACGAGAAUCCAGCCGCUUUUUAUGAGCGCCUGUGCGACACCUGUAGGAGGUAUACCGACCUCAAUCCAGAGGAUGACAAUGGAAAGUGGGUGUUAACCCCCCCCUUCAUUGGACAGUCCUAUGAGGAUAUCAGGAGGAGGUUGCAAAAGCUAGAUGGGGCAUCGGGCAAAAACAUAGAGGAACUUCUGGGGAUUGCGAUGAAAGUUUACGAUCGCAGGGACGAUAAAGAGCAGAAGAAAGGGGCUCGCGUGCUGGCGAUGGCCCUGAGAGAGGGAAGAGAGGAAAAGGGGGGCAAGGCAAAAGGACGACCAGGGUCAUUAGAACACCAAGGGGUUAACGAGGCUUACCUGCCGGGAAUCAACGCCAGAGUCUGGGCCGAGGAGGGAGGCCAUGCCCGAGCCAGAAACGCCUCACCGAUACACAUCACCCUUAAGGAAGGGAGUUGCCCAGUCCGAAUUCGACAGUAUCCCCUCAAGCUGACCACUCGAAUUGGGUUAAAACCUCUGAUUCAAAAGUUUGUACAAUGCGGGUGGCUAAGGGAAGGCACUUCCCCGUAUAAUACCCCGAUAAUGGGAGUGCCUAAACCUAAUGGGCAAUACCGACUAGUGCAGGAUUUACGGCAGGUUAAUAAGCUCAUAGAAGCGCCCUACCCCGUUGUCCCGAACCCCCAUACGAUUCUAGGGCAAAUACCGAGAAACCAUGGUUGGUUCUCCGUAAUAGAUUUAAAAAAUGCUUUCUUUUCUAUUCCCCUUGAUCAGGAAUCUCAAAAGCUGUUUGCCUUUGAGUGGGAGGAUCCCGAUACCCACUACAAAGCCCAAUACCUCUGGACGGUUGUUCCGCAGGGUCUUACCUGUGCGCCUGAAAUUUUUGGUAGCCAGCUACGGAGGGACCUCGCUCCCUUCCUAGCUCGUCACCCUGCGUGCAACAUAGUCCAGUACUGCAAUGAUUUACUUUUAAGUACUGAGACGGAACAGACUUGUAAAGAACAAACUGUAGAACUCCUUAACUUCCUAGGGGCGCAGGGAUACAAAGCCUCUAGAGAAAAAGCACAAUUAGUUAGACAGCAGGUUACUUUUCUAGGCUACCACCUUAGUCAGGGAAGUCGUAGUUUGAGUAACGAUAGAAUCCAAGCUAUACUCGACAGCCCUCAGCCCCAGAAUCCUAGAGAAUUAAAAGCUUUCCUGGGACUGACCGGCUUUUGCCGACUCUGGAUCCCUGACUAUGGGGGAAAGGCCAGACCACUCUAUGAGGCCCUUACUAAAGAAGGUUUGUUGCAUUGGAGGUGGACUAAGGAAAAAGAAAAAGCAUUUCAAGAGCUUAAAAAGGCCUUGGUUCAACCUCCUGCUCUGGCUCUCCCAGAUCCACGGAAGCCAUUCACCCUAUAUGUCCACGAAAGAGCCGGGGUAGCAUCUGGAGUCCUCUGCCAAAAGUCAGGACCGACCUGGAGACCCAUCGGUUAUUAUUCCAGAGUCUUAGACCCAGUUGCUAGGGGCUGGCCAGCCUGCUUGCGAGCUGUUGCAGCAACCGCUCUUCUUGUACAGGAAGCCGAAAAGUUAACCCUGGGUGGAGACACUGAGGUGGUGGUACCUCACGGAGUACCCCAGAUACUAGGGACAGGGGCGGGGGACAGACACCUGAACCCCAGUCGGCACACUAAAUAUGAGCGCACAAACCAAAAAGGAUCUGGCCCCCCUGUCCCAAUGGGAGGCCAACCCUGGGCUGCCUACCCCUUCCAAAGGUGGCAAGUGGACUUCGCUGAAGUACCUCCUUGCCGAGGCUACAAAUACUUGCUUGUUUUUGUAGACCAACUCACUGGGUGGGUGGAGUGUUUCCCCACCCGACAUUGCCAGGCUCGGGCGGUUACCAAGGCCCUGAUACACGAAAUACUUCCCAGGUUCCACCUCCCCGAGGUAAUUGAGUCAGACCGGGGAAGUCAUUUCAUCUCCCAAGUGGUUCAACAGGUAGCACAGGCCCUCGGUAUCCAGUGGAAAUUGCAUACGCCCUGGAGGCCACAAAGUUCAGGUCAGGUAGAAAGGAUGAACAGGACCCUCAAGGAUACUCUUACAAAACUCUGCAUGGAGUCCGGUUUAAAGUGGCCUGAUGCCCUACCGCUUGCUCUUACCCGCAUUCGAAGGGCCCCCCCGCAAGGUCUGAGACUUUCGCCCUUUGAAUUGGUUUUCGGGUUCCCUCCCCGAGUACUCAUCCCCGGGUUUCGGGAGGAUGUAAACUGGGAGGUAGGGAACGACUCCUUGUGGAAACAGGUCUCUGCGCUGCAAUCUGUCUUGUUUCAGCUACACCAAUACGCAGCGCCCUUCCAGGCUCUUCCCUUGGAUCGACCUGUGCAUUCGUUCCAGAUCGGUGACCAGGUCCUUAUUAAGAAGUGGAAGCGUGAUCCUCUCACAUCACGGUGGGAAGGCCCAUAUACUGUUUCACUCAUCAGCCAAGCCGCCGUUAAGGUUCUUGGGAACGACAAGUGGACCCACUGCACGCAAGUUAAACGAUUCGCAAGCUCGGAUCCAGAGGACGACUCAACCGAAGAGGACAACAGCCCUCUGCUCGCCCCGGCUCCGGACGCCCGGGGUGACACAGGUGAAGACUCCAACUGGGAGUAUCAAGGACUGGAGGGCCUAAAGGGACUUUUCAAAAGAAGGAAACAAUGA